AUGCUGUCCCCGUCGCCUUUGAAACCGACUAUUCCCUCGACGUCGCUACUCCGAUUCUUGCGUUCCCAGACCGAUUCGCUCCUCUACUUCACGGCGAACCCAUCGACCUGCGAUCUUCCCGCUCGAAAGUCGUCCCGCGGCCGACCGUCUCGUGUGCUGCAGCUCGAAGCCUCGUCGAACUGGACGCAUCUCAACCCUGCGCGAUGCCAAGCCACCCUGGAAGCAGGGUUGUUGCCGUCAUUGCGUAAGAGCCAGAGCCAGAGUCAGGGCCCGUCGCGGUAUCGAGUCUCGCUAGAUCAACGUCCCUGCGCCGUUCUUUCUCCGCUGAACCCGCUGUCGUCACGCGCCUCAUCCUCCCAUAGCCGACCGCUCCUCCGCAGGCUGUUCGACCUGAGACACGGCAAGACCGCGGCCGAACCGAAGCACCGCAACCCGGGACCCGCGCUGAUCGACGAGGGCACGGAGGGAAGUUUGAAUUUUGGAGGACGGCUGUUAGCGGCUAAGGCGUCGAACGAGCCGCGAUUGCGAUGUACGGAGUUUGAUAGCAACGGGAACGUAACCCUCGUCAAUGGAGAUUUCAGGAAGAGUGAACUAAUCGCGAAGUAUGGCCUUCUUCCUCGCGACCUGCGAAAGAUCGACUCCUCGACUUUGCCUCAUAUUCUUGUGCGACCGAGCGCUAUCCUCAUUAACCUGCUCCACCUGCGCGUGUUGAUCAAGGCGGACCGGGUCCUCGUCUUUGAUGCGUAUGGUUCGACGGAUUCCUACAUGCAGUCGAUGUUCGUCUACGACCUGGAGGGGAAACUACGGCAGAGACAGUCACAGUCGCCGGGUGCCGGGGCCCUGCCUUACGAGUUCCGUGCUCUCGAGGCGGUCCUGAUCAGCGUCACGACCGGUUUAGAGGAGGAAUUCAACGGCGUGCGAGAGCCGGUUGUGCGCGUUCUGCGCGCGUUGGAAGAGGACAUUGAUCGGGACAAGCUGAGACAUCUGCUCAUCUACUCCAAGAGGUUGGGUACGUUUGAACAGAAAGCGCGACUUGUGCGAGAUGCCAUCGACGACCUGCUGGAGGCCGACGAUGACUUGGCGGCCAUGUACCUGACGGAGAAUGGGAAGGGCAUUCAGCGAGAGGAGGACGACCACCAGGAGGUGGAAAUGCUUCUGGAGUCGUACCAUAAAGUAUGCGAUGAAAUUGUUCAGGCCAGCGGCAACCUGGUCACUGGGAUCCGUAAUACGGAGGAAGUAGUCAAAGCCAUCCUCGACGCCAACCGCAACUCCCUCAUGCUCCUCGACCUCAAAUUCAGCAUCGGCACGCUCGCCCUCGCAGCAGGAACCCUCUUCUCAGCGCUCUACGGCAUGAACUUGAAGAACUUCAUUGAAGAAUCCGACUUCGGCUUCGGCGGCGUCUCCGUCACCUGCUUCGUCAUCACCGCCGUGGUCAGCGUCUACGGACUGGCCAAGCUGCGCAAACUCCAGCGCGUCCGCAUGUGGGGUGAAGCCGGCGCCGGCAGCUCCCCGAUGGUCCAUUUCCCAACCCGCGGCGGCGGCCUCACCGGUCACCGCUCGAACUGGCGCGCUGACUCCAUCGAACCCGUCUGGGGCAGUCUUCCCGGCGAAGGCCGCUCCGAACGCAUGAAGCGUCUAAAAGACAACGCCGCGGCUUCGGCAGCUGCCCGCUCCGUCGCUGCUGAUGCCACGGCGCAGAGAGCCAACUCGUUGAAACAAUCGGCUAGCAAGGCGAAACUCGAGCAAUCAUGA